CCCACCGUCGCAAAAAGACCCUUUGCGUCCAGACGGUCCGCCGCUAUCAGAGAUGAACACCAGGUAUCGGAAGAUGACCUGAGCGCCGCGCGUCAAUGGCUAGCUAGCUUCAGCUCCAAAACCAUCCCGCGUGACAUCAGUGAAGUCUCCUUCAGUCGUUCGGGUGGCCCGGGGGGUCAAAACGUGAACAAGGUCAGCUCGAAGGCUACCUUAAGGGUGUCGCUUGAUUCUUUACUGCCACUGGUGCCCCGGAUCUUGCAUUCCCCGCUGCAAGCUACCCACUAUAUUGCACCAAGGACUCGCAGUCUGGUUAUCCAGUCAGACGAAUCUCGCAAGCGGAAUGAAAAUGUGGAGUCGUGUUACGACAAGCUUCACCAGCUUAUCAAGAGAACAGCAAUGGAUGCUAUCCCUGGAGAAACGUCGCAAGAACAAAAAGACCGAGUUCAAAAACUGCAAAAGGCCGCAAACGAGGCUCGUAUCAAAUCGAAGAAAUUCCUCAGCAGCAAGAAAAGUAGCAGACGAGGCAGUAAAGACGACUAA